AUGUAUGUCACACGCUCCGACGCGGCGGCGCCGGCGUCCGCGUCGGCCGAGACGCGCAACCUGAGCCUGCAGAGCACGUGCCACCUGGCGCUGGACGCCUGCCAGCGCAACGCCUCGUGCCGCGCCAAGCUGCAGCCCGUGCUCGCCGCCUGCGACCCCGCGCCCGGCCGCUGCCACCGCCACAGCUGCAUGGACAAGCUGCAGGACUUCUACCGACAGAAGGAUCUGCUGCCCUUCACGCUCGAGAUAGCCUUCUGCCUCUGCAAGAAGACGGAGAACAAGCAGGACGAGUGCCUGGUGGCGCAGGAGAAGCUGCACCCGGUGUGCGCGCAGCGCGUCGACGGCCAGGCCAUGCCCACCUGCCACUCUCUCGCCGAGCUGUGUCGCGAGCAGCGCAGCUGCAGGAACCGGCUGGAGACGUACGAGCAGUCGUGCGCGGUGGACAGCGUGACGAAGAAGUGCGCGGGCCCGGCGAGCGAGUGCCGGCACGCCAUGCUGGCCAUCCUGGGCACCGAGCUGCGCUCCAACUGCGCCUGCAAGGGCACAGACUUCACGCAGCUCUACGACUGCCUCGGCUGGCAGCGCCUGCUCUGGGUCAACCCCUGCGUCGUGGAGUCGCAGAAGGACUUCCACACGAAGCGGCUGAGCGAGAGCGUGGCGACGACGCCGGCGCCCACGAGCGCCGCCACGGCCGCCGCCGGCCCGCCGCCCGCCAGCGCCGCCCCCGCGCCCGCCCCCGCCUCUGCGCCGCCGCCCAGCACGCCGGCAGCCGCCGCCGCCUCCACGCCGACGCCGACGCCGACGCCCGCCUCCAGCACCGCCUCCACCUCGACGACCCUACCUCCGCGUUACUGUGUGGUUCACCGUCCUCAGCAGUCUGUACAGUACAUCCGUGAAGGAAAAGGGAAAAGGCUGUACCAGGAGAACGAGCCCGACUGCUCCGAGCUGUGCCAGUGCAGCGAGGGUGAGCAGCUGGUGUGCAACACGGUGUGCGUGGAGCGCGCGCCCUGCAAGACCGAGUUCGCCUUCUACAACCACGCGGCGCCGUCCUACCAGGCGUACCGCGGCCGCUGCCUCUGCUACUCGGGCCGCUUCAUCUGCAUGCGCCCCAUCCUAGACGGGCACAAGCUGCCGCAGGGCGUCUUCCUGUUCCUGGGCUACAGCGAAGCCGACGAGCAACUGCUGCGGCCGCACAGCAACCUCACCGUGCGCGACGCGGUCGCCUCGCUCGAGGAGUUCAUGCACCAGCAGCUCACCAACAAGACGUCCUGUACCCUGUCUCUUUACAACGUUACUAAAGAGAAUCUCAUCUUAGUAGCGAAACUGAAGAAAGAGGACUCAUCAGCGGAAGAUGACUCAUCGCAAAUCUCUUCUGGCGACCUCCUCGUACGCGAAAAGGAGGAGUGCGCGGGCCCGCUGCAGGAACUGAGCAGCAAGAUCAACUCGCGCCACCCCGAGCUGCACUCGCACCUGCUGCUGUCGAUCUUCAAGAUGGCCGAGGUGGAGGUGAAGGUGCCGGACGGGCGCGGCGCGCGGGCAGCCCCGGCGCCAUUGGCGCUGCUGCUGGCCGCCGGCCUCGCGCUGCGUCGCGCGUCGUGA